CCCCCCCCUCCUCCCUCUCUUUCUCCUGUUGUGUGGAUUUUGUUUUAAAAAAAAAAAAUCGCGAAAAAAAAAAUGGCCGAUAAUGUGGUCGAGUCCGCCGGCCCGCCUUCAGCGAAGAGGCCUAAACUCUCCUCCCCGGCGCUGUCCGUGUCGGCGAGCGACGGAAACGAUUUCGGCUCGCUCUUCGACCUGGAGCACGACCUGCCAGACGAGCUCAUCAGCUCCACGGACCUGGGUCUGGCCAAUGGCGGGGACCUGGGGCAGCUGCACACCAGCCUGGGGGGCGUGGGCGCGCCGGGGGGCCAGGACGCGGCCGCCAAGCACAAGCAGCUCUCCGAGCUCCUGCGGCCCGGCAUCACCGCCGGCCUGGGGGGCCCGCCCCCGGGGCAGCAGGCCGGCGGAGGGGGCCCCCUGGGGCUCCUCAACAACAUGAAGAGCUCGCCGGGCGGCGCAGGGAUGGGGCAGCACCUCGCUGGCCCGGCCGUCAUGAUGCCCGGCCAGCAGCAGCAGCAGCCCGGCAUGAACAGGGGCAUGCUGGGACCUGGGCCCCAGAAGGGCAACGGACAGCAGCCGCCGCAGGGGCCCAACGCCCCCUCGCAAGGCAUGAUGGGAGGCCAGGUGAUGAACGGCUCUCCCCGAAUGGACAGGCCGAACAUGAGCUUUCAGAACACGGCGCUGGGGGGCGCCAACAACCUGUUGGCGGAGACGUUGCAGCAGCAGCAGCAGCAGGGGGCGGCGCAGCAGAUGGGAGGGCCCGCCGGCCAGCCUGGCCUGAGGGGGCCGCAGCCCGGCGCGCUGAGCAAGUCUCUGAUGGCUCCUCUUGGUCUUUUUCUCCUCACGAUGGUCCACACACACAGGCCCAUGCCAGUCCUUAACUCUCCUCAAUCUCUCUCUCUGACAGCUCCUCUUUUUUCCCCAAGACCGCCGGCUCACCUCGCUCUGUCCCCCUCCCCCGAGCCGAGUUGGCGGUCUCUCCUCACUCACUCACGCCCGUCUCUCCCCUCCGCAGUCGCACACUGUGCCUCCUCCCGGCAGAUCAUCUCCCACUGGAAGAACUGCACGCGGCACGACUGUCCGGUGUGCCUGCCGCUGAAGAACGCAGGAGACAAGCGGAACCAGCAGUCUCUCUUGGGCGGGGCAGGAGUUGGCCUGGGCAGCGCCCUGGGCUCGGUGUCUGGGGGCCAGCAGUCGGCGCCCAGCCUGAACCCGCCGAGCCAGAUCGACCCCAGCUCCAUCGAGAGGGCCUACGCCGCCCUGGGCCUCACCUACCAGGGCACCCAGAUCCAGCCGCCACCCCCCCAGGCGCAGCUGCCCUCGCAGGGCAUGCAGGGGCAGCCCGGGAUGAGGCCCCUCAACACGAUGGGGGGGAACGCUAUGGGGGUGAACGGGGGUGUCGGGGUCCAGCCCCCCAACCAGCAGUCCAGCCUGUUGCAGGACGCCAUGCUGCACCCCAACAUGAACUCGCAAAAUCCCCUGCUGAGCGACGGCGGUGCAGUGGGCAGUCUGGGCUCGAUGCCCACGGCGACGCCCCCGUCAGUUGGCGGCAUGCGGAAGUCCUGGCACGAGGACAUCACCCAGGACCUGCGCAACCACCUGGUGCACAAGCUCGUGCAGGCCAUCUUCCCCACGCCGGACCCGGCCGCCCUGAAGGACAGGCGCAUGGAGAAUCUGGUGGCCUACGCCCGCAAGGUGGAGGGGGACAUGUACGAGUCCGCCAACAACCGGGGGGAGUACUACCACCUCCUGGCCGAGAAGAUCUACAAGAUCCAGAAGGAGCUGGAGGAGAAGCGGCGCACGAGGCUGCAGAAGCAGGGCAUGAUGCCCUCCCAGCCCCAGCCCAGCCUGCCCCCCUCCGCCCUGGCGCAGGCGGCCGCGCCCCCCGGCCUCUCGCCCAACGGCCCUCACUCGGACCCGUCCCUGGUCCGCCCCGCUGGGCCCGGCCAGAUGGUGAACAGGAUGCAGAACCCCGCAGGUAGGGGGCAGCACGGUGAGCAGUGUCCCGGCGGCCUUGACGAGGAAGCGUGCGUGUGUGUGUGUGGGAUGAGCCAGUUUGGCCAGAUGGGGAUGCAGAGCUUGGGCCAGAGGUCCACCCCCCCACUCCAGCAUAAUGCACCCCUCAACCAGAUGGGCAUGGGCCCUCCUCGGAUGGGCCAGCCCGGUGUGAACCAGCACCAGAACCAGUACCUGCCCUCGGGACAGUUCCCCGGCUCGGGCCCCGGUGGGCUCGGCGCAGGGCCGGUGGGCUUGGCACAGCCUGGCAUCUCUCAGUCUCAGAUGCCCACACCUCCGUCUCUCCAAGUGAGCAGUCCGGUGGCGGCGGCUAAUUCUGGGGGCUCAGUGGGCUCUCUGGGGCCGGGGAGCGUGGGUGGGGCCCCCACUCCCCAGCCGAACUCCCUCCCCAUGUGUGGGCCCCCUCUACCCCAGCCGCCCAUGCGGCAGAACUCCCCCUCCCCCGCCCGCAGCCUCACCCCCACCCCGCACCCCACCCCGCCGGGGCUGGGGUCACAGACCCCCCAGCCCCAGACUCCCACUCCGCCGCAGCUCGGCCCCCCGGCCCAGCAGACCCCCCAGCAGCAGCAGCUGCCCCAGGGCACGCCCCAGCCACUGGGGGCGCCGCUGAGCUCGGACAAGCCGGGCCAGAUGCAGCAGCAGCAGCAGCAGCACACGGUGUCUACUGCACCCCAGCCUGGGCUGGGCUCCUCCACGCCCACCCCUACCACAGCCCUGCCUCCCCAGCACCCACGAACUCCGCUGUCCCAGAAGUCCUCGAUCAACGCCGACGGCCAGGUGUCUAACCCGGCCUCGGUCAGCAGUGUGGACGUCGGUUCCCAGCAGCCCCCUGCCGAGGCCUCCAAUCACGAGGUGAAGAUGGAGGUCAAACAGGAAGAGGAGGAGUCCGAGGGCACGGGGAUCAAGAGCGAGAUCAAGACGGAGGAGAAACCUGAGAUCAAGAAGGAGGAGCCAGCCGGAGGGGAGGGGUGCAAGGCGGAGCCUAUGGAGGCGUCGUCAGGGCCUCCGGGGGAGGACAGGAAGGCGGAGCCUAAGGAGGAAGAGGAGGGGUCGGGCUCCCCGGCCACUCACAGCUCCCCUUUCAACGCCCAGAGCAAGAGGAAAAUCUUUAAGCCGGAGGAGCUGCGGCAGGCCCUGAUGCCCACCCUGGAGGCUCUGUACCGCCAGGACCCUGAGUCUCUGCCCUUCCGGCAGCCUGUGGACCCCCAGUUACUGGGAAUACCCGACUAUUUUGACAUUGUGAAGAACCCCAUGGACCUGUCCACCAUCAAGCGCAAGCUGGACACGGGGCAAUACCAGGAGCCCUGGCAGUACGUGGAUGACAUCUGGCUGAUGUUCAACAACGCCUGGCUCUACAAUCGCAAGACCUCCCGCGUCUACAAGUACUGCUCCAAGCUGGCCGAGGUCUUCGAGCAGGAGAUCGACCCCGUCAUGCAGGGGCUGGGUUACUGCUGCGGCAGGAAGGUACGGACUCUGUGCUGCACUGGGUGGGGGAAGAAGAAGAACGACACGCUGGACCCUGAGCUGCUCGUGGAAUGUAUCGACUGCGGUCGGAAGAUGCACCAGAUCUGUGUCCUGCACAACGACACCAUCUGGCCAGCAGGCUUCGUGUGCGCCGGGUGCCUGAAGAAGGCGGGGAAGACGCGGAAGGAGAACAAGUACGCGGCCAAAAGACUGCCGCAGACCAAGCUGGGCAGCUUCCUGGAGAACCGGGUCAACGAGUACCUGCGGCGCCAGAACCACCCCGAGUCCGGCGAGGUCACCAUCCGGGUCGUCCACGUCUCCGACAAGGUCGUGGAGGUCAAGCCAGGGAUGAAGGCCAGGCGGGUGUACAUAUCGUACCUGGACAGCGUCCACUUCUUCCAGCCGCGGGUCCUGCGGACGGGGGUGUACCACGAGAUCCUCAUCGGGUACCUGGAGUACGUCAAGAAGCUCGGGUUCACGACGGGUCACAUCUGGGCCUGCCCCCCCAGCGAGGGAGACGACUACAUCUUCCACUGCCACCCCCCCGACCAGAAGAUCCCCAAGCCCAAGCGGCUGCAGGAGUGGUACAAGAAGAUGCUGGACAAGGCCGUCUCCGAGCGCAUCGUGCACGACUACAAGGACAUCUUCAAGCAGGCCACCGAGGACCGGCUGACCAGCGCCAAGGAGCUGCCAUACUUCGAGGGCGACUUCUGGCCCAACGUGCUGGAGGAGAGCAUCAAGGAGCUGGAGCAGGAGGAGGAGGAGCGCAAGAGGGAGGAGAACAGCACCAGCAACGAGAGCAUCGACGGAGACAGCAAGAACGCCAAGAAGAAGAACAACAAGAAGACCAGCAAGAACAAGAGCAGCCUGAGCCGCGCCAACAAGAAGAAGCCGGGCAUGCCCAACGUGUCCAACGACCUGUCGCAGAAGCUGUACGCCACCAUGGAGAAGCACAAGGAGGUGUUUUUCGUGAUCCGGCUGAUCGCGGGCCCGACGGCGAACUCCCUGCCCCCCAUCGCGGACCCCGACCCCCUGAUGGCCUGCGACCUGAUGGACGGGCGGGACGCCUUCCUGACGCUGGCCCGGGACAAGCACCUGGAGUUCUCCUCGCUGCGCCGCGCCAACUGGAGCUCCAUGUGCAUGCUGGUGGAGCUGCACAACCAGAGCCAGGACCGCUUCGUGUACACCUGCAACGAGUGCAAGCACCACGUGGAGACGCGCUUCCACUGCACCGUCUGCGAGGACUACGACCUGUGCAUCACCUGCUACAACACCAAGGGCCACGAGCACAAGAUGGAGAAGCUGGGCCUGGGGCUGGACGACGAGAGCAACAGCCAGGCGGCGGCCUCCACGCAGAGCCCCGGCGACUCGCGGCGCCUCAGCAUCCAGCGCUGCAUCCAGUCGCUGGUGCACGCCUGCCAGUGCCGCAACGCCAACUGCUCGCUGCCGUCCUGCCAGAAGAUGAAGCGAGUGGUGCAGCACACCAAGGGCUGCAAGCGCAAGACCAACGGCGGCUGCCCCAUCUGCAAGCAGCUGAUCGCGCUGUGCUGCUACCACGCCAAGCACUGCCAGGAGAACAAGUGCCCCGUGCCCUUCUGCCUCAACAUCAAGCACAAGCUGCGCCAGCAGCAGCUGCAGCACCGCCUCCAGCAGGCGCAGAUGCUGCGGCGGAGGGUGGCCAGCAUGCAGCGCCAGCCCCCCAUGCAGGCCGCCGGAGGGGGCGGGGGGCUCCCGUCUCCCGGCAGCAACGGCACGGCCCCCGGCACGCCCACCGGAGCGGGGGGCACCCAGCCCCCCACGCCUCAGACGCCCACCCAGCCUGGGCUGCCCAUGGGCCCGCAGCCUGGCGGCCCGGGUCAGCAGCAGCAGCAGCUCCCACACAACAGCCUGCCCCCCUACGGCGCCAGGCCCCCCGGCGUCUCCCCGCACUCGCAGGGCAAGCCCGGGCUGGGGCCGGCCACCCCCCCCCAGCAGCAGCAGCAGCAGCAGCAGCAGCAGCAGCAGCAGCAGCAGAUGGCGCUGCCGCCUGGCCAGCCCGGCGUGGGACAGCAGCAGCCUCCCGCGCCGCCCCCCAAGGCCAUGGAGAUCGCCAUGAAGAUCCAGCGCGUGGCCGAGACGCAGCGGCAGAUGGCCCAGGCCCAGAUCCUGCAGCGCCAGUCGGCGGCGGCGGCCGGCAUCAUGAACCCCCACGCCCACCACCCUGCGCCGCCCGGCGCCCAGAUGGGCAUGAGCCUGCCGGGCAUGGCAGGCCAGGGGCUCCCCACCCAGGCCCAGGCCCAGGCCCAGGCCCAGGCAGCAGCCCGAGCUCAGAUGGAGCAGCAGCAGCAGCAGCAGCAGCAGGGAAUGGUCAUGGGAGCAGCAGCAGGGAUGCAGCAGCAGCAGCAGCCGGGACCCCCGCCUCAGAUCCCCAACCAGGUGCAGUUACAGCAGCAGCAGCAACAGGGGGCGCCGCAGCAGCAGCAGCAGCAGCAGCCGCCGCCCCAGCUGCAGUGGGGGGGCCAGCCCAUGCCGCAGCAACCCCAGCAGCACCGGCCUCCCAUGAUGCCUCAGAUGGGUCACCCAGGGCUGCUGUCUACGCAGCAGCAGCAGCAGCAGCAGCCGGUGCCCCAGCAGCCCCUGCCCCCAGGGCGAGGGCCGAUGGGCGGGGUGCAGCCAGGAGGUGCAGGUGGGGGGGGCCUCCCCCAGACGGCCCUGCAGGAGCUGCUGCGCACCCUGCGCUCCCCCAGCUCGCCGCUCCAGCAGCAGCAGGUCCUCAACAUCCUGCGCUCCAACCCCCAGCUCAUGGCCGCCUUCAUCAAGCAGCGGCCCGGCGGCCUGGACCCCAGCCCGUUCGGCUCCGACCAGAACGCCAUGCUGUCCCAGCUCGCGGGCAUGGGGGGCCUGCACGGGCCCGGCGGGGCGGACAUGCUGACGGGCAGCAACCCGGAUAUGGGGGUGUCCCACAAUCCCCUGGAUAUCAUGUAG